UUGGCUGAGCUCCGCACGCGCGCGCGCUGGGCGUCGUGGGAGCGUGCCUUGGCCCUUCCCGCUGCCGGGCGGUGCGGGCCGCGUGGACGGCCGGGGGUCCCCACGCGCGCAGCCUGGCGGCUCGGUGCCCGCCGCGGGCCGCGGGCCGCCCCGAGCGCACCGACGCCUGUCUGGGCUUAGGAGGACUUGCGGCCCGGGGCCAGCGCUUCCGGUUCUCGGGGGAGCGGGGCUCCGUGCUGGAGGUUCGCGUGCCGCAGUCUUGAGCGUGGGGCCUGGCACGGCUGCUGUUUCGUAUCCCGCCGGUGCUGACCUGGAGCCGGGCUGUCAUUUUUGUUAAUGGAGGCCAUUGUCCGAAAGCAGCUGCUGCGUAUAUUCGAGCUUCCAGCAGAUUGGAGCCGGUGUGAGCCUUCCAGGAAUUGUGGCUGCAAAAUGUGGCGCCAAAGUCACGCUGUCAGACAGCGCGGAGCUCCCGCACUGUCUGGAGAUCUGUCGGCAGAGCUGCCGGAUGAACCACCUGCCGCAGGUGCCCGUCCUGGGCCUGACGUGGGGCCAUGUCUCUCAGGAUCUCCUGGGCCUGCCGCCACAGGACAUCGUUCUGGCAUCUGAUGUCUUCUUUGAACCAGAAGACUUUGAAGACAUCUUGACUACAGUGUACUUCCUGAUGCAGAAGAACCCCAGAGUUCAGCUGUGGUCUACUUACCAGGUUAGGAGCGCUGACUGGUCCCUGGAAGCUCUGCUCUACAAGUGGGAGAUGAGAUGCGCCCACGUCCCCCUGGGGUCUUUCGAUGCUGACAAGGAGCACAUCGCAGACUCCGCCCUCCCAGGAAGACACACAGUUGAAAUGCUGGUCAUCUCCCGUGCAGAGGGCCCAGGCUAGACCCACACAGCUGCUCAGGGGCAGAGCCAACGCUGACCAGCACCCCAGCAGCUGCAGUCAGAUCAGGCCAAGUGCAGUGGGCUGAAACGGUCAAGUCUGCUGGCCUGAAAUUGGGAUGUGGCACAACAAGGGAAAAAUAAACACCUUCUAAGAUAAA